AUGUUCGCGAAAGUUGCGUGUUUCGCGCUGGUGCUGAUUGUGUGGGAGUGCAAUGCUCAAGGGCCGAAAGAUCUACCUCCCGUAAAUCUUCCGAAUCCUCCAGCACCAUUACCAUCACUACCAUUGGGACAAGUUUCAAACCCGUCUAACACUAUCCAAAAUGUUCCCGGCUUUGGAAACUUAUUGAAUACUUUAGCCAGUGCAGGACAAAGUACCAACGUUCUGGGACCACUGGGUAAUUUGCAAAGUACUCAAAGAAUUAUAGGACAGAUAAAUGAAGAAAUGGACAUUGAAAGGCCGUGUCGAGUGAACGAUGUCUCCUGCAUCAGACAUUUCUUCCUCCACCACAGCAAAUGCGAGGAGGCGCACGGGCCUGUACCAGAGCCUUUGCACAGAAAGGUCUCUACCACUUAUUUCCCCCGAAUUAACCUGACCCUGACUGCCACUGAUGUGCUAUAUUCAGGUUUAAAUGGCAAAAUUGUGGAGUUUUUCAUCGACAAAGAGACAGACAACCUGUUGAUCAGUGUAGAGUUCAGAAAUGUGACGUUUUACUCCAAAGAGGCAUACUAUAGGUUCCAUCGUAAAGCCAAGCUGCCAGUUGUUAACAAGGACUUCAUAUUCCUCAAUUUCCCGUCUUUUACUACGACGACAAUAAUUCCACACAUAAGUGAGCUGCAGCUAGACAAAAGUGAAACAACAACUUUCGUAGAAGAUCCGACUCUUGUGUUCUCUUUGGGACCAAAAGCCUUCGUUAGUUCAGAUCCCGCCGUACCAGCAACUCUGCCGGUGCUAUACCUGGACAUAAGAACAGGCCUUCAAGAAUUAUUUUUAACUGAAGGCACAUUCUACGCAGCGGUCUUUAUUCAGAAAGUUAUUUGUGAUUUCGGUCUUGAAUUAUUGUAAUCUCUAAAGAGGUAAAGAUGUUAUAGUGAAGAAGCUCUGGAUAUGCUGAUCCAGUUUUAAUACUUACCUACUUAAUUUUUCCACUAGUAGCUAUCUGAUAGCUUUCUCGAAAAAAAAACAAGCACAAAAUUGGGACAUUUUUGAUUGAAAUCCACAAAUCUUUGAGCUCGUGUAUUUUCAAAACUACAUAAUUGGGACAUGUGGCAAAUCGAUACAGACGUAUUAUUUAUUCUCUUAAAUAUGCUUACGAAACUUUCUUCACUUUGAAUGCUUUAUAUUCAAAUGAGAAUCAAAAGACAUACUUUGUUUAGAGUAUUUAAUGGAGCGUCUUGUCUUAACUGUAACAAAUAAGGAUACAUCAAAAUUAUGUUUGAAAGAAAGAAAAUAAAAAGACUAUAAAAUUGG